AUGACGUCGACGCGACCAGUAGUCUUCUUUGAUGUAGCUUUGGGGGAAUCAGCGUUAGGAAGGAUAAAGAUGGAAUUAUUUAGUGAUAUUACGCCAAAAACCGCAGAGAACUUUAGACAGCUUUGUACCGGUGAACAGAGAGUGGGAAACGUACCACAGGGAUACAAAAACAGCUCGUUUCAUAGAGGUGGAGAUUUUAUCAAUGAGGAUGGUACAGGCAGCUACAGUAUCUAUGGAGGUGCUAAAUUCCAGGACGAGAACUUUACAGUGAAGCACGACCAGCCAGGAUUGUUGUCGAUGGCAAAUUCAGGACCAAACACGAAUGGAUGUCAAACGCCAUUCUUGGAUGGGAAGCAUACCGUGUUUGGCAAGGUGGUAGAGGGGAUGCUCACGUUGCGUAAGAUAGAGAAUGUACAGACAGGUGCGAAUAACAAACCAAAGUUACAAGUCAGAAUAAAGCAAUGUGGGGAGAUGUAA